GCCAUUUUAUAUUCAGUGUUGUUUUACACACGGAACAGUACACACGACAAAUUUAUUUCCUCGAAGUCGGAUAUAUCGGGUUCAGAACCGAAGUCAAGUUAAGAAGUCGGAGUUAAGAAGUCGGAAUUAAGAAGUCGGAAUUGAAUAAAAUUGUUAACGUACUGCUUCGGUGAAAGUUGAGUAAAUCUAUUGCUGUGGUUGUGAACUAUGGGUGCCGGUAGCGAGUCCCCGGUUUCUGACUCCGGUGGUAGCAUUUCAUCCCGGAUUAAAGGUUUUUUCAGUCCGAAGUUAGGAGCAAGAGUGUACCAGGAGGCAACGAACCUGCAACCAGCUGAACCACCACCACCGCCUCCGAUGCCCACAGAGCCCUUGAAGCCCGAGUUUAAUUUUAUAGGCACUCUUGGGCAUGCCCACCCACGCCUCGGAAGUCAUAUCAAGGCUAAAAGCUUUGUCUCCGAUUCUCGUGAUUUUAGUACUCUUAAAUCAGAUACUGACAGUCAAGAUUCUGAUACUAGACUAGCGUGAGCUGAUCAGAUAGGUACAUUAUAUUUUGUAUCUACCUAUUAUGUGUAUAAGGAAAUGUAUUAAGCAAUUAUUCAAGUAUUUAUUGCAUCCAUAAUGUAAAAAGGUGUUAAAAAAUACAGUAUUUAGUCACAAUUAUGGACCCUGUCGGGCACAACAAAAUAUAAUAUUAAUUUACUUGA